GUUUACGGUUGUGAAAUUAUUUCGCAAGAUGGCGACUUCCAUGGACAACACGAGUUCCCGAUCAGAUCAAAAACAUCGGCGAAAGAAGAUGAAAAAUAAGCCCAAAUCAGAGACAGACAAAAUCGGGGAAUCCGAUUUGGAGCUGAAAGGAAAAUGGAAGGUUGCCAAUGUGGAUUAUAGUGCUCUCAAGUUGGACGAGCUCCGUGAAUUUAUGGGGAUCGAGGAGCUGUCCAUGGAGCAUGAGAUCGUCACGUCAAAGCCGGCAUCGUCGCGCUCAAGAAGCCGCAGGCGACGUAGGAAAGCCACAAGAAAUCAGCAGAUGAGAGAGGAACAAGAAGAAGACCCCACUGAAGAACACCAGGCAUCUCCUCUCAAGAAGCAGAAGAUGAAACAGAAGAAGAAAAGUACCUCACAAAAUCUUGGCAAGGCAGCAGGAAAGACACAGCAAGAGGCAAAAGAUGAACCAGAGGAGGAAGAUGUAAAGGUUGCCAUGGAGACCAAGACGAAACAGACAGAUGCUGUGAAGAUGGAGGAGAGGAGACACCAGAAGAUUGAGAAGGCAACAAGUUUCACCAAAGGCAUCCCUGUUCCCAAGAAAGACAGCAAUGUGAGUUUGCCGGCUUGGAAGAAUCUCCACGUUCCUGCACCGAUUCUUAGAGCACUUCAUGAUCUUGGCUACAAUGAGCCCACUCCCAUCCAGAAAGCAUCCAUCCCUUCUGCCAUCCAGGAUGGAAAAGACAUCGUUGGUGCUGCUGAAACGGGAAGCGGAAAGACCCUUGCAUUUGGCAUUCCAGUGAUACAUAACAUCCUACAGCACAAAGCAGCGCUACAGCGAGAAGCAAGAUCCAAAGCCUUCAAACAGGCAAACACUGAUCCUAAGGAGCCUGGAACUUCAAACAUAAGCACCAUUAAAGCGACUGCAACAAGUCAAAAGAAAGAGCAAAUGAGUCUGGAGUCAUCCCGCAGUGAUACAUCUGAUGUGAAACCAUCAGGACUAAAAAAGAAGGGGCUGAAAAGUAAAAUGAGAGAAGAGGUGAAGAUGGGUCAGGGAGGAAGAAAAGGAAGCGAAGAAAAGGAUAGCCGUGAAGUGGAGGAGGAGGAUGUUGAUGAAAAUGAAGAAAUUGAAGACGAUUUUAGUGAUGAAGAUAUUGAAUAUGAUUUUGAUGAUGAUGAUUCAGACGAUGAUGAUGAGGAGGAGGAGGAUAUUGAUUUUGAUGACAUUGACGACGAUGACAGUGAUGAAGAAGAACUCGAAGAUGAAGAUGAACUUGAAGAUGAAGAUGAUUUUAUUGAGGCCAAGGAUGGAGAACUGGGGGACGCGCUUGAUGAUUUUACAGAGGCAAAAGAUGAUGAAGAUUCUGUUGAAGAUGAUGAUGAUGAUGAUGAUGAUGAUAAUGAUGAUGUUGAGAAAUAUCGAAAGAAAAAGACAGUCCUCGAGAAGUCAGAAAAGACGUCUGAGGAAAUGGACGAACCCGCUGACAAACCCCCUAAGAGACCCAGGGGCAAGAAGGGACAAAAGAAACGACGAUUCCGCAUCCAUGAGCGCAAGAUGCUGGAACUUGACGGUGCGGAGUUUGAAGGCGUCGAGCUCAUCAACAAGAUGGACAAGCGCGGCUUUGGCUGCGUCAGAGCCAUCGAUGACAUCUCAGAUGCCGAGUUGUUGACCCAAGUUGGUCUUGGCGAGGCGGUGCAACAGAUGGAAGAUGCGGGCGACGGUUCCCAUGACGACGGACAGCUGUAUGCCAUGAUCCUGACACCAACUAGAGAACUUGCAGUUCAGGUCAAGAAUCAUUUAGUUGCCGUGGCGAAGUACACAGAUGUCAAGAUUGCUGUGAUUGUUGGUGGAAUGUCGGCGCAGAAGCAGGAACGCGUUCUGAAGAAACGGCCUGAGAUAGUGGUGGGCACCCCCGGAAGAAUAUGGGAACUUUUCAGAGAGGGGGAGCCACACCUAUCGACAAUGUCAGGAGUCCGGUGCCUUGUUCUGGAUGAAGCAGACAGAAUGGUUGAGAAGGGACACUAUGAACAACUGACUGAAAUAAUAAGGCAUAUGAAUCAUUCACCAGCAAGUCUUCAACGGCAGACGUUUGUCUUCUCGGCAACGUUAACCCUGGUGCACCAGGGAUCAGACCGGAAGAACUUGGGCAACAAAGCCAAGAAGAAGACCCCUAAACAGGAGAAGAAAGACAGGAAAGACAAAAUCAAUGCUUUGAUGAAGAAAGUUGGGAUACGAGAUGACCCAACGGUCGUUGAUCUGACGCAGAAGCAGGGCACGGUAGCCAGUCUAAUGGAAGCCAAGAUCAUAUGUGAUGUUACUGAUAAGGACAUCUACCUAUAUUACUUCCUGCUACAAUUUCCCGGCCGGACGUUGGUUUUCUGCAACAGUAUCGACUGCAUCCGUCGAUUGUGCUCCAUCCUGACGUUGCUAGCCUGUAACCCACUGCCCCUGCAUUCAUCUAUGCAUCAGAAACAAAGACUGAAAAAUCUGGACAGGUUUGCCUCCAACCCCAAGGCUCUGCUCCUAGCCACGGACGUAGCAGCGAGAGGAUUGGAUAUCCCUGAUGUGGAGCACGUCAUCCAUUACCAAGUGCCCAGGACUUCGGAGACUUACAUUCAUCGUAGCGGACGUACCGCCAGACAAGCCAAGGAAGGCAUCAGCGUCAUGUUGGUCUCUUCAUCUGAAGCUCACUUCUUCAAGAGAGUCUGCAAGACGUUAAAAAGAGAUGACAUUCCAAGUUUCCCGGUAGACCACAUGUACUACAACGCUGUUAAGGAGAGGGUGGAUUUAGCUCGUCUUAUCGAUCAAACGAAUCACCGUGUGGAGAAGAAGAAACACGCAAAUGAAUGGUUCAUCAAAGCAGCGAAGGAACUGGACGUUGACCUGGAUGAAGAUUUAGUCUUACAUGAUCUAGGAGAUGCAAGAGAGCAAGGACAACAUGAUAGGAAAGUCCAGCACAUGAAAGGGGAAUUGAAGUCACUUCUGAAACGUACCGUCUUCCCUCGUGGCUCAUCGUGGCUUUAUCCAACGGCGGCUGGCAAGCUGGUCACCCCACUCACACAAGGUACCAGCAACGCUUUGAGCAUCGUCAAGCAGAAGGUCGGCAAGAGGAAACAAGAUGGCGGCCAAGUACAGACAGAACCUGCAAAGAAAGUCAAGAAAUCUAAGAACAAAUUCAAGAGAGCUGAGGUAGAGACAGUGUAGUUCAAUAAAUGAAUAUUAAGUUGGAGAAACUUAACCCAGUUCAUGCUUCAUGCAAUUGUGAAGCGAAUUUGAUGUUAUGAAACAUUCGCUGUGAAUUUGCCCGAGUUGAAAUAUGUUCAACUUUGACGAAUUCGCAGCGCGACUGCUUGCUCUGACGUCACAAAUUUGCGUUUCCUUUCGUUUUCGUGCUGAGUAUGAACUGGCCUUAAUUUUGAACAUUUGUCAACCUCAUAAUUUUUAGAAGUUUUCUGAACUAUGGGAAAAUUGUUGAUAUGAUAUUUGUUAUCAUAAUUACGUAUAUUUUUAAUCUGACCCAUAAUUCGGAUGUUAAAAGUUUGAAUUUUACUUUCAUAACAUUGGUCAAAAUGUCAGAAAUGCUUGUAAUUAUAAUGGCAACGGACCACAUGAAAUUUAAAAUUCAAGCAUAUUAUGUUUAAUUUUUUCAUUAAUUCAAUCUUGUUUUAACCAGUUCACGCUGGGAUUAUUUUGACAAGAACGGAACGAGGCGCGGGAUUACUUUUCACUCGACCUCACGCCUGGCGGGUUGAAGCCAUCACCCUCGGGCAGCACA